CAAAUCUCCAGGUCAGAAUGCUAACCUACUGUGUCAGAAGGCGAAUGUUCUUCUUGAAGAAACAGAAUGUGCGAUCGUUGCUUUGUGGGUUCGCUAAUCCCUUCCAGCUAUGGAGAGACUGCCGAAGCUUGGGGACUGCCGUUAAAGACAGUGAUCACACAAGCGCGUUCAUGCAGUUCUGCUCAGGCCGCUAUUACAUAAUCCCUGACCAAGGAGAAUCAUUUCUACGUGGUAUUAGUUGUGCCUAUGGACCCUUGGGAAUGGAACUGAGGAAGAAUAUGCUGGACCAGUGGUGGACGUCAGUGGUGAUGUCCAAAGCACAGGUGUUUGGAAUCAACACUCUGCACUUGACCAGAAACAGACCUGUGACUGAUCAAAGGACACUUAAGUUAGUUGACUGUAAUGCUGUGGACCACAUUCUCAGCCAGAGGGCUCUAAAGUUGGACCAGGUUAAAGAAGAUUUACAGAAACUACUGCAGAACAGUGCACCAAUACGGAGUAAUCUUCUGCAAGGUGCUUUGGAGCAGUAUUUGCCCUCUUUGGAGCUGGUGAAUAGGAGGCUUCCAUUUGGCCUGGCAGAGACUGGGGUGUGCUACCAGCCAUUGGAGGGACAUAUCAAUGGGCCUGGUUGCCCAGCUGAGGUUACUCAGGCCUCCCUGGUAUGGUUCUGUUCGCCCCGCACCUCCUCGCAGUGGCUGGACUACUGGGCACGUCAGCGGUUGCAGUGGUGGCGCAAAUUCGCCAUGGGCCCUUCCAGCUUCAGCAGCAGUGACAUAGAGGAUGGGAAGGAGGGGGAGAAGGUAUCUCGGGGGGUCAGAAUACUGUACCAGUUCCCCUGGGGUGCAGAGCCACUGGAGACACUGUGCAGCCUGGGGGACGAGGAACUGCUGCAGUUACACAAGCGCAGCAGUAAGUUGCAGUGUAAAGAUGGGAGGAAGUCCGUGGUGCCUCACGUCAUUUCUGUGUGUGCAAACAUCGACCGUGGAGUCUUGGCAUAUCUGCAUAAUUCACUGCAGGAGAUGAAGAAGACAGACAGCAAACGGAAAUUGCAUUCACGAAAGGUUUUAAAGCUGCAUCCCAGUUUGGCCCCAGUUAAAGUAGCCUUGGACAUGGGGCGCGGACCCACUGUGGAACUACGACAGGUUUGUGAGGCCUUACUUCAUGAAUUACUGGAAAGAGGGAUAUCAACCUGGCCUGGUUACCUGGAGACCAUGCAAUCAUCCAUGGAGCAGCUGAACACCAAGUAUGAUGAGAUGGGUGUGCUGUUCACCGUGGUGAUCACUGACAGCACUCUGGAGAAUGGUCUGGUCCAGGUGAGGAGCCGUGACACCACCAUCAAGGAGACCAUGCACAUCGCCGAGAUCAAGGCCUUUUUCACCAAGUACGUCAACGCAGCUGAAAACAUCUGAGCCUCAGGACACAGAUCUGAAGGACCUGCAACAGAAUGCAAUAAAAACAAUGAACACAAA